AUGCACCGCAAACUCUACAUCUCGGCCGCCGCCUUGGCUACAGCUACGGCCGUCCAGGCCGGCUCGCUCAAAGAUGUCAAGCACAUUGUGCUCUUUAUGCAGGAAAACCGCGCGUUUGAUCAUUAUUUUGGCACAAUGGCCGGCGUUCGCGGCUUUGGCGACCCGAACGUACAAGUAAACCCAGACGGUCGCUCUACCUUUGAGCAACCAAUUCCUCCCCAAAAUGGAGUCGACAUCUUGAAGCCCUGGCAUAUCAAUCACCUUGGUGGUGAGUGGCUCAGCGCAACGCAAUGCAUGGGCGCUGGUGAUAAUGGCUGGGGAACCAUGCACUCGGCCUACAACGGCGGGCUCGGCAACAAUUGGGCGCGGGCAGACGGGCCGUAUAGCUUGGGGUAUUUCAAACGAGCCGACAUUCCCACGCACUUUGAUAUCGCCGAGGGCUGGACGGUGGCGGACAUGGCCUCGCAGAGCAUUCUGGCCGCGACGGACCCGAAUCGAAUUACAUGGAUGAGUGGCUCUGUGAAUAUCCCUGGGUCGCCGACCAACCCUGAUGGCAAAGGCGGCAUGAUUAUUGACAACAGCGCAACUCCUGGCUGCGAGGCACCAGGACUCAAUUGCUUCCCGUUUGUGUGGAAAACGUUCCCCGAGUAUCUGGAAGACGCCGGCAUCUCCUGGCAGGUGUGGCAGGACUUUGACAAUUUCGAGGACAACAUGCUGGCAUACUUUGAGCAGUACCAAACCGCCCAGAACGGCUCGGCGCUCCGUCACAAGGGCAAUUCCUACCCGGGGCUCGAUGCAUUCUACGAGGCGGCGGCCAAGGGCACCCUGCCGCAAGUGAGUUGGAUCGUCGGCCCGCAGGAGCAAAGUGAGCACCCGCCCAACUUGCCCAAGGACGGGGCUUGGUUGCAAAAGAAGGUUGUUGAUGCCAUCACCAACAGUCCGGCGUACGACGAGACGGUGCUCAUCAUAAGCUACGACGAACAAGGAGGCUGGGCCGACCAUGUUGUUCCGGUUGUUGCCCCCCAGGGCACUCCCGGAGAGUGGCUCAAGGAUCCGUACAACCAAUUUGGGGACGUACCUCUAGGACCAGGCUGGAGAACGCCCCGGUUCAUCAUCUCGCCCUGGACGCGAGGCGGCAACGUCUUCACCGAGUUUGCGGACCAUACUUCGGACAUCCAGUUUGUCGAGGAAUGGGCCGCUGCACACGGUUACAAAGAGGUGCGCACCAAAGCGCUGACGCAAUGGCGCCGCGACCACAUGUCCAACUUGGUGAAUGCGUUUGACUUUGACAAUGUGAGUAUCCGGCCGGAUGAAGACGUUGAGAAGGUGUUUUCGAAAGCUAACGACAAGACCGCAAAGCCCGACUUUUCUAAACCCUCCAUCACGGCAGUAGACACGCCUCCCUCUCUUCCCGAAGACGGCUCGCACUGGAGCGGAAACCUGAGUCUCGGUUCCUUGACCGGGCCGUGGGUUGGCGCGGCCAAGUGCCUCCAAGACCACAAGAGCAACAAGCCCCCGAUUCCAUACGGGAAACAGAACGCCGACCAAGACAUGGCACAGCUGGUCGAGGACGGCUUCAAGCAAGUGCGCGGCCAGCUGACCGAGGGCCGCUACCUCACCUUUGAAACGUUUGGUCUCGCCCUCGCCAGCUACAACGCAACGGUUGUCAGCUUUUCGCUUGCGACAAAGAACCACAGCAACCCUGACCAGAGAUGGAUCAUCCACACGGUGGGCGGACCUGGCGCUGGUGACCAGUUUUACAUUCAGUCGGCGGUGUCCAAGAAGUACAUUUCCGGCUGGCCCAUCGGCCUGCUGACGUCCGACGUCAACAAGGCACAGGCCUUUAAGAUUACAUACAACCCGAAGGGCUCCAAGUAUAGCCUGAGGCUGUCCAACAAGCCGAAUUCAUUCUUGGCACCAGACCAAAAGCGUAGACGGCGCGCAGUCAACGGCACCGUGUCGGCGGCUGUGAAUUGGGAGGCAAGCUUUGGAGAGUUUACCAUUUACAGUGUUUCAUAUCACUCGUAG